AUGCGCUCUUUUCUCCCCCUCCUCUCUCUUCCCCUCCUCACCACCGCGGCCCUCACCUACAGCGGCGCAGACAUUUCCUCCCUUCUCGUCGAGGAAGAUGCAGGCAUCUCCUACAAGAACCUCAAUGGCGAGACCGAGGCAUUCGAGAAGACCCUCGCCUCCAAUGGGGUCAAUACCAUCCGCCAGCGUCUCUGGGUGAACCCGUCUGAUGGGUCAUACGAUCUGGAUUAUAACCUGAAGCUGGCUAAACGGGUCAAGGCAGCGGGGAUGGACAUUUAUUUGGAUUUGCAUUUGAGUGAUACCUGGGCGGAUCCGAGUGAUCAGACUACGCCCUCUGGCUGGUCGACUACUGACAUCGACACACUCAGCUGGCAGCUCUACAACUACACUCUCGACGUCUGCAACACCUUUGCCUCCAAUAACAUCGACCUGGCCAUCGUCUCCAUCGGCAAUGAAAUCCGCAAUGGUCUCCUCUGGCCCCUGGGCAAAACAGACAGCUACGCCAACAUCGCCAACCUGCUACACUCGGGCGCAUGGGGCGUCAAGGAUUCUGACCUCUCCACGACCCCCAAGAUCAUGAUCCACCUCGACAAUGGCUGGGACUGGGAGGCCCAGAAGUACUUUUACGAUACGGUGCUCGGCGCCGGAUCGCUUGUUUCGUCCGACUUUGAUCUGAUCGGAGUGUCGUACUACCCGUUCUACAGCGCCGACGCGACCCUGUCGGCGUUGAAGACCAGUUUGGCGAAUCUGCAGUCCAACUAUGAUAAGUCGGUGGUGGUGGUGGAGACGGAUUGGCCCGCUUCAUGUCCUAACCCAGAGUACUCAUUCCCGUCGGAUCUGAGUUCGAUUCCGUUCUCGGCGGACGGGCAGACGACGUAUAUGAAACAGCUGGCGGAGGUGGUGUCUGGGACAACUGGGGGAGAGGGCAUCUUCUACUGGGAGCCUGGAUGGGUUGAAAAUGCGGGGUUGGGAUCGAGCUGUGAUGAUGUGACGAUGGUGGAUUACAACACGGAUGAAGUGCGAUCGAGUGUUGAGGUGUUUGCAAAUAUCUAA